AUGCAGUGUCCUAAGGCCAGUCGUUUCAACGCCCAGCGUUGUCGGGCGGAUCGAGUCGAGAGACACCAUGUCGGAGCGCACAUGCGGCCGGAAUUGCCGGGCGUGUGCGUUCGGCGGAACAACGCUUCGCUUGCUCGUAUGAUCACAGGUGCUACAGUCGUACUCCUUGCUUUCAGUUUCGUGCCAUCAACGUGCGACUGGAGAAGUCUCGGAUCGUCAGACAGGUCUGAUGCAUUGUUUCACGGCUGGGCAUACGCAAUGAAGAAGGCGCCAUCUGUUGUUUGUGUCGCGGCAGUUCCUCCGGUCCGUGUGACUGAAUCGGGGAGUGGUCGGUCACAAGAGAGGCUGGCCGACGUUCCAUCGAGACCUGCCGAGGAGCAGGUAGUAAUCGAAGAUGAUCAUAUGUCGUCGUCUGAAGCAUCUCGAGAACUGCGCCAAGUCGAAGAGAAGCUUCAGAUGUUGAACAGCGGGAUACUGGAUGAAGUGAUGGGGCCCGCGACAAUCGCGUUAACAGCGUUAGCAUCUUAUCUGCAAUCUGCACACUCGCCGGUGGCGCAGCUUGUGCACUGCCCUUCGCUGAGGCACGCGGCUGCAGCCACCGGCGUCACGGCUCUUGCAUACGUGGCUCAUUUGUUGGCGCGCUACAGGAGGUAUAAUCAGUUGUCCAGGAGGCUUGUGACGUCACGGUUUGACGUGGCCCUCCAGAGGGGAGAUCGCUCACAGCGACGAAAGGCAAGGCAGAAACUAAUACAGUCAGCUUCGAGGCCGGCAGCACCUUAUUUAGAGAUUGCGUCAGUGAUCGCAUCAGCACUUAGCAUGAUUGCCUGGAUGCGAUUUCGCUACCACGUUCUGCCCGUUUAG